GCAGGCAGCCACCUUGUCUCUUCCCUAUAUUUUCCCCCUCUUCAUUUUAUUAAUAGAAAACAAAUUUUCUUUCAAAAACUGUUUCUUUUCUUCACUUUUUCCUCUCUCCCUGAUUUGGAUCUUCAAGGAACUCGAAAUUCACCCUUCUUUUUUUGUUCCGAUGAGUAAAAACUAAAGAAAAUCAAAAUAUUUCUUGGCUGUUGAGGGCUUUUCUCGAAGUUGAAGGAUUUUUUCUUUUUCUUGGUGGUCUAAUGGGGGCAGAUAAUAACUCGAUUUCUAGCUCUCAGAACGAGAAUAAGGAUACCCAGGUGGUAUUAAAUGUUUACGAUCUGACUCCUGUCAACAAUUAUACCUAUUGGUUCGGUUUUGGGAUAUUUCAUUCCGGAAUUGAAGUAUACGGAAAGGAAUAUGGAUUUGGAGCUCAUGAUUUUCCUGUCAGUGGAGUUUUUGAGGUGGAGCCAAGGAGCUGUCCUGGUUUCAUUUAUAGAUGUUCCAUCCCACUGGGACACAUAAAUAUGACUUCCUCUGAAUUUCGUACAUUCAUAGAAACCGUGGCUUCUGAGUAUCAUGGAGACACCUAUCACCUCAUCACUAAGAAUUGCAACCAUUUUACAGAUGAUAUAUCACACAGGUUGGUAGGCAAGUGGAUACCAGGGUGGGUAAAUCGACUUGCCCGGCUAGGUUCUUUAUGCAGUUGUCUGCUUCCAGAAAGCCUUCAAGUAACUACCGUUAAACAGCUGCCUGAAUAUCACGAGUGCAUGGAUGGAAAUGAAUCCUUGGCCACCACUGUGCCCCAAGAGUCAACAGAGAUCGAUGAUGCAGAUCAAGAGAAGCAUUUGUUGUCUCCAGAUGCUGCAGGUGGAGAAGUGGCUUUUGUAAAAGAAGUCAGCAAAUGAAGCUCAGCUGCCUUAUUAAGAAAGGGUAAAAAAAUAGCUUGGACAACAUUGUGAUAAUCUCUGCUGAGUGUUGUGGCUUUGAACUUGGAAGGGGUGUAUUUAAUCUUGCUUCUCACUCUUGGAAGGCUGGCAGUUGGGCAGCAUCAUUUGCUUGUGUGCAUGGAUGGGUAUUCAUCCAUUUGUUGUAACCACAUCAAAUUCUUUCUAUUUAUCUUGACUUUUUUCUUUUUUCUGAAAGUCCUUUUUCUCCUACUUGUUUGUUGCAACUGAAGCAUCUGAAAUUACGUUGUAUGAUUGUUGAUGAUAUGAUGCAGAAUUCAAUGUGAUCAUUUUUUUAUAAGUGGAAA